AUGAUGAUGCCUGCCCCGGCGUAUCAGAAGCUAGAACAAGGCUGGCAAACCAAGGGGAGGACUGGAAGCCUUCAGAGCCCCCAGAAAUGUAACAAUCAGGAUUUCACCCUCCUGAGGGAGUACUGCCUGAGGCGAGGCCUGCUGUUUGAAGAUGACACCUUCCCAGCACAUGUCAGUUCCAUUGGUCCCAAUCUGCUCUCAGCAGACAAGCUGAGCCACCUACAGUGGAAAAGACCAACGAUGAUCGAGAAAAAUCCCCAUUUAAUCGUGGACGGUGUUAUCAGAUUUGAUAUUGUUCAAGGAGAAAUAGGUGAUUGCUGGGUUCUGGCUGCCCUAGGAUCUUUGACAUUACAGAGGCAAUUUCUGGAAAAUGUUAUGCCAAAGGACCAAGGAUUCAAAGAGAAUUAUGGGGCGAUUUUUCAUUUCCAGGUAUGUAUUAUGUGCUGUUGUGAUUUUGCUCCACCUUGUUUGGGUGGAGAGUUUGGAUGAUCCCUGCUAGAAAAAGCAUAUGCCAAGUUGCGAGGCUACUGUCAGUAUUUGCACUGGGGUUACAUUUCCGAUGUGCUAGUAGACUUGACAGGUGGAGUCCAAGUGCAGUUUCUUUUACAGAAACCUCCUUCUGAUCUGCAGGAGAUAGCAAAAGCAGCUGCCAAAUCACAAUGCCUGAUGGGAUGUACCACACCAGGAGGGCAAUCAGUUGGUAAAGUGGAGUUGAAGAACGGACUCAUAAAAGGCCAUGCCUAAACUGUGACUGGGGCUACAAAAAUACCAUACAUGAAUGGCUGGGAAGAUAUAAUCAGAGUUUGGAAUCCUUGGGGUCACGGGGAAUGGAGAGGGCCUUGGAGUGAUGGCUCUCCCCAGUUGGAUCAAGUUCCAGCUGAAUAUAAGAAAGAUCUCUAUGAAGAUAAGGACGAUGGAGAAUUCUGGAUGUCAUGUCAAGCUUUUGCAGAGCAAUUUUCCUUGCUGUGUAUUUGCAAUAACACCUCAUUGUUUCUGGACUUUCGAGAUCAGCGUGGUACAAGGUGGUCUCUGGCCAUGUAUGUAAAGCAAUGGGCUCGAGGACUUACUGCAGGUAGAAGCAACUAUCAUAACUCAGGUGCAUUUUCAAGGAACCCCCAGUACUUUAUCCAAGUGGAGGAGCCUGACCUGAAAAACUAUAAUGUGGUGGUGUCACUGAUGCGAAAACCUGCCAAUAAUAUGCCAGAUGCACAAAAAUUGUUCACCGGAUUUUUGAUCUUCAGGGUUGAACCUGAGUUUCAGGGCUUGAAGGAAAGAUUGCCAGUUGCAUUUUUCUCUCAGUAUAAAUCCAAAGUUCUGAAGUACGGUUUAAAUGUGUCGACCCAUGAUGUCACCAAUUACUUUUUCUUGAGCCCCAGUACCUACAUUGUUGUUCCAGCCACGUCAGAAGAAGGCCAAGAGGCUGAAUUCCUCCUACGAAUCUUCCUGAGGAGCCAAGACAACCAUGAGGACCUGAAAAGCAGGCUCAGCCCAGUGAUACCAAAGGACAUACCCAACCAGAGUCAAGACAGCUCCUCUGAAAACAUCUUCCUCAGAUAUGCUAAACAGGGUUCAGACAUCAAUGCCUCGCAGCUGCAAAGGCUCCUCAAUGAAGUGUUCCUGAAAGAUCAAAUGGCCAGCCUGGACGGAGGAUUCUGCUUUGAGUCACGUAGAGGCAUAUUAGCUCUGAUGGAUCUCAAGUCUAAUGGAAGAUUCUCCCUGCAAGAAUUUAAGCACCUCUGGAAACACCUUGCUAAGUACAAGGAUAUUUUCAGGAGGGAAGAGGGAAUUGGUUCUGGAUUCCUGGACGUCUCAGAUUUGAGGAAUGCAGUACAGAGAGCAGGUAUGGUCAGCUGUGCUGUGAAGAGAGGGAUGGAAAGAUGAGGGUGGAGAGACUGUAUGGAAGAUCUAGUGAGAUCCUGCUCCUGGCAUAAUCUGCGAGUAAUGCAUCUCACAAAGACAAAACUAUCCCUGUCCAUUCCCCGUGUAACCAAGCCAAAGAGAAUGUUUCAGGAAGAAGCCAUUUCCCCUGCUGAGUGGUCCUGUAGCACAGGAAUAGAUUGGAGCAUUGUUGAGAUGGUACUGAUGAUGGAUAUUUGCCAAGUGGCAGAAAGGCCAAUAAGGCUCAAGAAAGAGGCCAAAGCAAGCGUGAAUUUCCAUCUCACCCCUGGAGGUACUCUCUCUUGAUCAGGGACGAAGCACCUGGUAGGGAAAAGGAGUAAGGUAGUUUGAACAGCCACUGUCCUGCUAGUUCAUUCAAUCUCUCUCCAAGGCUCUAACUGAUUAUAUAGGAGAAAGCUGCAUUGAAAGACCUUUUAUUUAGUUUGCACUGACCUCUGUUGGCUAGACUAGUGCUGCAAUUUUAAGCAAGCAAUCCAGUUUCUGUUGCAUGAUUGAAUUUGUCUAGUUCUAUCUGGUUACAUUUUGAAUAUGCGAUAGGAUAUCCCAGAGGAAGCUCCUGUCCAACAAAUCUGCAUUAGAGAUUCUUCCAUUUAGCUAAAUGGCCAUUUAAGUUGCAUUAGCCAAUAGAAUGUAAAUUUUUCCCCUAUGGGGAACUCUAGUCAAAACGUAAUCAACGGAAGCCAUAAAGUUGGUGGAUUUUUUUUCAGGCGGAAGAUGUAACAUGGCCUCUAGAGACUGAAAUUCCUGAUGUGUCAUCAGAGUGUAGCAAGAAGCUCUGAGUUCAGGGAUCUGAUAUGUAUCACUGUUGUAAUAAAGGCACUACAGUAUAAAAUACGAAAUAAGAUUGCACACAUGCAGAUACUGAAGGGAUAAACAGGGAAUAUUAAAAAAUGGCAAAUUCAGCACAUUGUGCCCUCUAAGCAGUUUUUGAAGGGGAAACACACUCUGGUUCUCAGCACCUUCCUCCCACACCAUACUGCACAGGCCAGAUUCUUCUCCCCAAGAGCCUGCCUCCCUCGCCCCCUGCAUGGGUUUUUCUUAGCAGGGGAUGGGGAGGAGGAAGAGCAUAAUCAGACCUAACAAUAGAAUACCAGUGCCUAAUUAACCCCAAGAAUGCUGCUAAAUAUAGGCCCCAAUUAAGCAUGGCUUGAAACAUUUUACUGGAGUCCAUCACUAUUCGGCAAAGCAGGAGCUUAUCCUAAACAUUAAGGCCUCAGUUAAGAAGGAUAAUAAGCCAGAUCCUCAGCUGGUGUAAAUCCACACAGCUCCAUUGGCUUCAAUGCUGUUCUACACCAGAUGAGGAACUGGCCCCAUCUGUUCUAAGCAUCAACCUGAUGACGUGCUUGGGAUGCUCAAUGAUAUAACGGAAUAAUUUCCAACCAGUUAAAAUGAAAAGCCACCCUCUUAAAGCUUUAACAAACCCAACCAAAGGGAUCUGAGCACAAGGGCAAAGAAAGGGCAGGGGGUAGGGCAACCCCUCUAGGGCCAACAAGUGAAUACACUCAUGCAUGCCUUUGCAAUUAAAAGGGUAGGGGUAUUUUUGACGAAUGGGGAGCUGUUGACAGAGAUGGAUUUCAGGGGCAAGUACAUGCCAGACCCCAGAACUGCCCACACCAAACUCCUGACCACUUACAAGUUUAAGAUGGGAUGGUGGGAUCCUUAGACAGUGCCUGGAAGUCUUGAGGGCAGAUUUUAACAAGUCUGGACUCAAGGAGAUUCUGAGUGUAGCCAGGUCCUAUGCAUUUAAGGCUUUAGUCAGCACACUCUUUACAUGUCCAUGGCCCGCGAUGGAUUAACAAAGGGGAAUGGGAUUAGUUGCUUUACUACUGUGAUUCUUGCUCAUGCAUACAAAGUGAAAGUGAUCUCCAGACCUGAGGCUGGGAAGGAAUUUUGACUGGAUUUUAUUUGUGAGGGCACUCGAGGAGGCAUUAAGCAGGGAUGGGUCACCUGGUAGAUGAACAAACUGGACAUACAUAGCAGCCUCAGUUCCCUGCCAUUUCGGAGGAUGCCUGCCAGGAUAGGGAAUUCAUUGUCCUUGCUGAGAACCAGGGAAAGAUGCCUAUCUAUAGGGAAUAGUUUUGAAAGAAUGAACCUGCUACAAUGCAGGAAAUGGGCUAGGUCAAUGUCCCUCUGCCUUUGGGGACUUGACACUAAUUUACCAGACACAGGGCCAGAUUCACCCAAGGGGGCAGCUAUUCUUUCAUGGGAGAUUCAAUGCCAGGAGAGAGCAACUGGCAGGAUCGCUGUGGAUGAUGUCCUUUGGAGACACUGCUAGAAGAGAACAGUUUUUCCAAGCAUGGCUACAUCAGAGCCCCAUCAGCCCAAGAGAUGUGCUGAUUUAGUGUAUUUCUUGGCUGAUCUGGCCCCAACCCCUGUGCAUGCUGCCCUAGUGGACUCUGGGCCCUUAGUGGAGUGGAGGUGAUGUGCAACACACACUGCGUCUCCUUCUCCCACCCCACUGGACUUUCCAUUGCUGGAGGCAUGUGGCCUGGGCUGUGGGCCUUGUACUGGGGGAAACCAUGAAAUAAAUUGGGCCUAAAAAUUUUGACUGUCCUAGGCAGCGUCUGCCCCCUUUAAUCAGCGUUGUGCAUUCUAGUCUGCAACAGAACUUGGGUUGGAGGGAUUUGGAGAUGUGCAAGCUCUGUUGAGCAGAGGAGCACAUACAACAGUAUCGGAGAUGGGAAGGGAUGGGGCACUCAUGACGAGCAAAAGAGGCUUGUCAUUAAGGUUAGGAGGAGCCUUGAGUACCAGUCACAAGCCUCAACUGCAGCUACUAGAGACCUAUUCUACUGGAGAAUAUGAGCAGUCCUCAUUGACUCCCAGGACAGCUGGUAUCCUGGGUCCAAAUCCUCAGAGGUAUUUAGGCACCUCAUACCUAUUGAGUUCAAUGGGUCUUAGCCAUCUACAUACCUUUGAGGAUCGGGGUCCUGGUGACAUGGAACAGUGAUUGGAAACCCAGUGACACCUUAUUGUGCUUUCAGGCAUCAUUUCAAGGUUGGGUAGCAGAGUCAGCUCGGAGUUUGAGAAUCUCCAAUUUUAACUCAAUGAAACAAAUGUAUGCAAUAGAACACCAACAUUAGAAGCUCAACAUUUCCAAAAUGAUUAACGUCCUUCACUGUGGGUGGAAUUUCUUCCGGCUACAAAUGUGUCCAUUUUUGCAUCUUUUUUUAACAAAUAAAUGGUUUUAUAAAAGCCCCUUUGCACAGUAAGUGCUGGUA